AUGCCCUACGAUUAUUUUUGUCCGACGGUAAAAUUAAGGCUAUCAAGUCGAACACGCAAAACUUGUGGUCUUUAUCAUGCUUCCGUCAAAUCACUAAAUCGUCACAUCGAGGAGAUCCAUAAAAAAGUAAACACGCACACUGAUAGGAAAGUUAGACCUGUCAGAGUCGCUGCUCGUCGUGCUAAUAAACUGAUGUGCAUUAUUCAAAAUUUAGAGCACCAUGAUGUUGAAUGGCUCGACGUAGACAUACCAAAAUCGGAUGAAAGUGAGCAGACUCACAACACUGAGCAGCAAUCCAAUGUCAUCGAAAACUUAGAAUCAUGGAUUUGGGUUUCAUGGACUGAAGACUGU